ACGAUCGAUUAGCGUGCUGUCAGACGCGAAAUAUAGUGUGCAAUCUUUCUUCUAUUGAAGUGUGAGCUUUACGGUCGUGCCUUUGUGCUAGUGUGUAUAUCGAAGAAUUUUCUAGAAUCUUCGGAACUUUUUUCGAUUCAACCGAACGCAAAAGGUAUUUCACAUCAUUCGUUUAAUCAUAAAUUUCAAGCGAACACAAGUGAAUCGUAAACAUAAAAACCAGUCAAAACUAUACUUACAUUUUUAUUCAUUUGUUAAAAAAAAAAAAACAACGCAUUGGAAUAAAGUAUACUAGAAUCAUACAAUUUUUCACAAAAUAAGGUCUUAGUGAACACAUCAAAAAUGGUUCGAGAAACAGCUUAUUACGAUAUUCUUGGUGUGAAACCAAAUGCCUCGCCAGAAGAUCUCAAAAAGGCAUACCGUAAACUUGCCCUUCAAUACCACCCCGAUAAAAAUCCCAACGAAGGAGAGAAGUUCAAACAAAUUUCGCAGGCAUAUGAAGUCCUCGCUGAUGCAGAAAAACGUCAAAUCUAUGACGAAGGUGGUGAAUCUGCAAUCAAGAAAGGUGGCAGUGGAGGUGGCGGAUUCUCCAGCCCAAUGGAUAUCUUUGACAUGUUCUUUGGCGGUGGUGGUUUUGGUGGUAGACGACGUGAGCGUCGAGGCAAAGACCUGGUCCACCAACUGGGUGUUACAUUAGAAGAACUGUACAACGGAGCCACUCGCAAAUUGGCAUUACAGAAAAGCAUCAUAUGUGAUAAAUGCGAAGGCCGUGGUGGUAAAAAGGGUGCAGUGGAGAAAUGUCAAACUUGUCGUGGCAACGGUAUCGAGGUAAAAAUUCACAUGAUCGGACCGGGUAUGGCGCAACAAAUCGAACAAGUAUGCAGCCAUUGUCACGGACAAGGCGAAAUAAUUGCGGCCAAAGAUCGUUGCAAGACAUGUAAUGGCAAGAAAACGGUUCGCGAUCGCAAGAUUUUGGAGGUGAACAUCGAAAAAGGUAUGCGUGACGGUCAAAAAAUCGUGUUCAGCGGUGAAGGUGACCAAGAGCCAGAGUUGCAACCAGGCGAUAUUAUAAUUGUUCUCGAAGAAAUUGAACACGCCGUUUUCAAACGGUCAAAACAAGAUUUGGUAAUGCGCAUGCCACUGCAAUUAGUUGAAUCAUUGUGCGGUUUCCAAAAAGUCAUCAAGACAUUGGACAAUCGGGAUUUGGUUGUGACUAAUUUACCCGGUGAAGUGGUGAAACAUGAUUCGUUUAAAUCCAUCAUGGGUGAAGGAAUGCCCCAAUACAAGAAUCCAUUCGAAAAGGGCCGUCUCAUUGUUCAGUUCCAAAUCGUAUUCCCGGAAAAAAUACCACAGACUAUUGUUGCCGAUUUGGAAAAAUGCCUUCCACCUCGCCCCAGAGACGACAUCCCAAUCGACGCUGAAGAAUGCAAUAUGAUUGACUUUGACCCAGAACAAGAUGCACGAAAUCAACGCUAUUCACGACAGGCAUACGAAGAUGAUGACGAUGGAUACCAUCAUGGACCUAGAGUACAACAAUGUACAACUAGUUAAAUUAGUUCGAAAAAAAAAAUCAUCGUCUCAUUUUUAAGUUAAAAAUAAAUCGACAACACUUCUAACCAGCAAUCAGUUAAUUUCUAGAUUUUCCCUAACAAACUCAUUAAUAACUAUAUGCAACGGCUUGGUUUACAUCUGAAAUAAAUACCAAAUCGCAAUACAAAAUUGAUAAAACAUAAGCCCAACCAAUUAAAUUAUUGCUUUGUGGCCAAAAGGCAUACACCAAUCACUGGCUACUGAUCAACGCACCAAUUUAAUAUGAAAAUAUUAGUAUAUCGGUAGUGAUAUGAAAUAUUUUGCAAUAAAGUAUGCAAUAUACUUUUCUUUAGUGCUGGUUUAACUAAGGAUGAAUAAAGGUUCGAUUUACA